GAUAAAUAUGUGGUUCAGUUCGGUUUUCAAAAGAUAACCAAACCAUCCGGACCUAAUUAAUUUUGGCCGGGCUUUUGCUCCGUUCUUGUCAGUUUCUGGUUGCACCGAGUCGUCGGGUCGCCCUCGUCCCCUUCUCCGUUCUUCUCAGUUCGGACUUCUGAGAUAUACCGAUAACAGUAACUGAACAAAAAUUCUGGAUUGGAUUUUGCAUUGCGUAUAAAGCAAACAUGGUUGAGUUGAACCCGGGUAUACUAAUAGAUAUUGUGGAUGAAGAAUGGAUGAGAAACACUCUUCCUGAUGACGAGCUUCCCCUACCACCAGUGCUUGUUGUACAGACUGAUGACACUGCAGAUUCAAGUACGUCUUUUUAUUCUUUAGGAAAAAAAUUUCACCCACCGUGCCAGUUUUUCCAUGGAGACGAAAAUUAUGAUCAAGAGACUCAACAAGUUGAUGCGGAUGGUUGGCAUGAUCUUGCAUUACCUUCCAGUGAUUUUUCUUCUUCUUUUGGCAAUGCUUCUUGAAAUGAAUUGGAUUGUUGUCUUAAUGUGAUCUUCUAACAUGAAGCUGAUCAUGUGCAACACUCUAAUCUGCAUUAGUUAUAAGUAGAUUUUGCAUAUUAUUAAGUUUUUAAUUUAUCCGCCAACGCAUUUUGGCAUUCGCCAUAUUUUCAUGGUUGUUGGAACAUACCCAAACCCCCGAAAAGCUCGGGGUUUCUGAAAAUUGCAUGUUUAUCAA